CGACACAAUGAUCAAACUAGUUUUCGAAUAAAACGAUUGGCCGCAUUGACCGAUCUUCAUGCCAACUAGGCAGCUGACGUCGUUGCCAUGCCCAAUUUUGAGUUGAACACACUUGGGCUAAUGCCUUCUUGAUUUAUAUAUUAUACUUAUUGUUAGGGACAGAACUUUUGGCUGAAGAGCUCAAAAAAGUUAUUUUUAAUACGGCUUCAUUAAAAAAAGGACGAAUUUUUCUUGUUCAAAGAAUAAAAUAAAUAAAAAGAAAUGUAAAUAACCAAAUGCAUCUAUAGUUUAAAGCUGUUCAAUUAAUUUAUUAUAAUAAUAUUCGCCUACAAUUGGUCUCUAGCUUUAUGGUAAUAAAAAAAUGAAGCUAGUUUGAGACACAUGUCAACGCCCAAAAACAUUCACCAUUGAGUUUUGAGUAGAGAGCAAAACUGAACUAGUUAUCAUGCAUUUUAUGAUCAUUAUGAUAAUUAGAUAAGCGUCACAGUACCUUGCAUAUUUUCGCUAUUUAUGUAUAAAAGAGUUGGAAGUGAACUCAAUCAAUAUCAUUCGCAUCCUGCUCUUCGAGAUCAGCACACAAUCCAAAAAAUCAAAAUGAAGUUCCUGAUUGUCUUCGUCGCCCUCUUCGCCCUGACCGCCGCCGGCUCUUUUAGCAAGGAAGCUCAGAUUGAGAGGCAGUUCUCCGAUGUCGGACCCGAAGGCUUUUCCUAUGACUUUUCCACCACCGAUGGAGUCGCUGCUCAGGCCGCCGGAUUGCUGAAGAAUGCUGGAACCAAGGAUGAGGCCCUCGCUGUCAAGGGUUCCUUCUCCUUUGUGGCCGAUGAUGGCCAGACCUACACCGUCAACUACGUCGCCGAUGAGAACGGAUACCAGCCCCAGGGUGCCCAUCUGCCCGUUGCCCCCGUCGCUUAA